UCCUAGUACAAGUUUGGACCUUUGGCACAGUGAGGGGCUCAGAGGAAAAGGAUACGACCGAGGACCAAAUAAAGCACUUUACUGCUGGCAGGCUGCGGGACAUUGCUGAGUGUGAGUCUCUGAUGAAGUCUGAGAUGAAGCAUUCAUACACCAUUUUUCUAGAACUCCUGAGAGGAAGGAUGGAACAGCUGAUCAAAGUUAUCCAGAAAGUGAACGAGACAGAGCGUGAGGGGAUUCAGAAGAGGAUGGCGAAGCUGAAGCAGCUGCAACAGGUUCAACAGUUGGUGAAUGAAACUGCUGAGAAAGCCAGAAACAUUAGUGACCUGCCGAGCCUGCUUGUUUACACAGCACUGAUUGACUCUCAGUUGAAGGAUCUACCAGAACAGGACCUGUCCCCACCUCAAACCAUGGCUAAGAUGAGGGUUGUCACUGACAAACAAGCCCUGGAGACCAUUUUUAACUUGGGUGAACUAGAAGUUUUAUGGAUCCCCUUCAGUGUGUCAGCAACCUCCAGUCAGGACACAGAAACUCCAGCCACUGCCUCCUCAUCCUCCACCACUACUUCUGCCAACCCAGCAUCCGUCUGGAAGCCCCUCCCCCAAACUGGGACCUCCACUGACUCUGAUUCAGCUGUUGCAGAGAAUCCUGUCUCUGUAUCACUGAAGUCCUCGUCCCAUCAGGUGCCUCUUCCAUCCUCUUCUUCACUGUGCUCCACCUCUUCCUCUUGCCCCUCCUCUGCCACCCUUUCCACCCCCACCUACUAUACACGUAAUUGCACUCAGUUGAGCCUUCCUGCCUCUUCCUGCCGGGAGCUAAACCAACCCAGUGUUCCUGUUACCGCGACCAGUAGACUCGCCUCUUCGCAGCCUGGCACGUCUCCGUCCUCCUUGGCUCUGAAGACUUUAUCUCACAUGAAGAUGAAGCAAGACCAGAUGUUGCUGCAGAUAAAGCCUUCCAAGCCAGUUUCUACCUCACUGACCCCGCAGCCGGCCAUACCUAGCCCCCCCCUGUUAGCUGAUCCAUCUGCAUCCUGUGCUGUCCUCAGUGUUGUCCCACAGUCUCUGCCUUCCCAGGUUCUUGUGACCAGUGUUCCUGUUACCACGGCCAGUAGACUCACCUCCCCGCAGCCUAACACGUCUCCGUCUUCCUUGGCUCUGAAGACAUUAUCUCACAUGAAGAUGAAGCAAGACCAGAUGUUGCUGCAGAUAAAGCCUUCCAAGCCAGUUUCUACCUCACUGACCCUGCAGCCGGCCAAACCUAGUCCCCCCCUGUUAGCUGAUCCAUCUACGUCCUGUGCUGUCCUCAGUGUUGUCCCACAGUCUCUGCCUUCCCAGGUCCUCGUGACCAGUGUUCCUGUUACCAUGACCAGUAGACUCGCCUCCUCCCAGCCUGGCACGUCUCCGUGUUCCUUGGCUCUGAAGACAUUAUCUCACAUGAAGAUGAAGCAAGACCAGAUGUUGCUGCAGAUAAAGCCUUCCAAGCCAGUUUCUACCUCACUGACCCUGCAGCCGGCCAUACCUAGUACCCCCCUGUUAGCUGGUCCAUCUACGUCCUAUGCUGUCCUCAGUGUUGUCCCACAGUCUCUGCCUUCCCAGGUACUGGUGACCAAUACCCAGACUGUGUACCAGCUGUCCCUGCCCCUCACUCUCACCUCAGUUGUACCACAGUUUGCCCUGCAGCUUCCCAGUUCAGUCGUGUCCUACACCUUACCUAGGAUCACCUACCCUCAACAGCAUAAAUGUAGCAGCCUGAUGGAAAAUGCUGUCCCAGGACAGUCUAGUCCAGCCUCUGUCACUUGUGAGAUACCUCCUGUGGUUACUGCAGGAAACUGUACCUAUGAAGGGCAGAGGCACGUGGUGCUGCAGAACCACAAGCAAACAUCAGCCGACUAUUCAAGUCCUGUGGUUCCCACUGGGCCCUUGUCCGCCUUGCAGGGUCUCGUCAAUGACAUUAGGACUCAGUUGUUCCCUGUGAAGCAAGACCGGCACAGUCACGUGGUGAAGGCAGCGGCGGACUCUGCCUGUGAUCACGGUGUUCAACAGGUGGAGGCGAAGCAGCAGGACCCUGCAGAGAACGAGCCAACCUCUACCAUGAGUGAAGAACCUCAACUCACAGGGAAACUGCCUGAAUGUGAAAUGACAGAGUGCGACACUGAAGAACUGAGCUCUGUGACUGGACAGCAGGACUCCAGUCUCAGCGAAUGGCAGCCCAGAGUGAUUCUAUUCAGACUGCCUUUGUCCCUGCCCCCACCUGGACGUCCCCUCCCUAGCUUUCGUGUGCUCCCUGGUGACAAUGAAGAUGAGAUCUACCUGGAAGAGAUGAGCAAUGACUCUCAGUCCAACGCUAGUGAUGUCUCUGACUGUGGGGAGCUGCUGUCACCUCAGGAGUCUCCUGUGGCCCUGCAGAUAGUUUCCUGCUCUGCCUGUGGAUCUGCCAAUGCUUCAAUAAUCUGCCUGUCCUGCGGUCGGGGGUACCACCGAACCUGUCAUGUUCCCCCCAUCGGACCCGACAUCUGGUCAGAGUGGGUCUGUUCCUUGUGCCAGGACCUGUCGGACCCAUCGGACCCCUACAGCUCGGAGAGACCCCAGAGACCACCUAGUCCCUGUCUCAGUGUGCUGGAGCAGAGGAGGUGUGAGAGUCUGCUGUUGUACCUGAAGAUUGAAGGCUGCAGUCGACUGUCUCAGUCUAGACAUGUCUGGUCUCGUCUGAAGGUGAUCUCAGAACGUCUGACCCUGCAGCGCUCUCCUCCCUAUCUGGCAUCCGCAGAGUUCAUCUCUGAUGUCUGGAGUGUGCUCAGGCAGGCAUCGUUCUCACAGGACGACGACGUGUUGAACAAACUGCGGGAGAGUUUUCAGAUCAGGUCAGUAAAAAUGUUGCGUUCAAAGCUUCAUUCUUCGCUGCUGACACCACCACACAGAGGAGGGGACUGCACAGAUCCACAGCAGCUGCAGAGACCAGACACAGCGAGCAGCACUCGGUCCAAACUGAAGGAGACCAGGAAGAGGCUGAGAGAGUUCCUGACCUGGACUUCAGAAGCCAAGAGGAUGAAGAAAGACGAGAUGGGGAAGUGAGAACGAGGGGAAAGUGGCUCCAGACGGCCUGCGCCUGUUCAGCUGUCGUCUUUCAUAUCAGAAACAGGAGGAGACGUCACCUGACCUGUCAUUUCACUGUGAAUGAAUGAAUAAACACAGGUGACUUCACAGUUUCCUUUUCCUCUAAUGAAGACCUGCCAAAGUUUUAGAAGGUGAAGCUGCUGACUUUAAAUGUCGUGUGUCAAACAUGCAACCCUGAGA